UGAAUAAUUGCCACUAGCUGAAUAAGUCGUUCUUCGCCAUACUGGAAACAUCAGGCUUAUACAAUCAUACAAAGAAUCACUUCACCUGAUACUUCUUUACAUUUUAUUCUCUCUCCUAAAGACCAUAAAUUCCUAACUUCCGCUGAGGCAACUGUACAAACCUUGUUGCGAAUCGUAAAUCGCAGAUCGCAAAUCGCCUAUCGUAUACCGCAUACCGCAUACUGAAUAUUCAGCGCCACUGGCACGCCUCGUGGUUGAUUCCAUUCUCUCAACCAUCACCGCCUUGCACCAUCUUAACAGUUCACCCACCGUCAACUUCCCGUUUAUACCUCGGGCGUCGAUACCGCAAUCCCAUGGUCCGAACAUAAAGAAUAAAGCCCUUUGGGCAAGGCUUGCGAGUUUUUCACCAUCGACCGGUCUUGUCGCCCACGAUGGCAGAUUUCUUACCCGACCUUGCCGAAUUCCCCAAUACCGCCCAGCGACGGAGGCAAUCCGUCACAAGGCCCGACGCAAUGGCCGAGCAAUCUACGACGGGAACUAAACCUUCGAUUACCGACUCGAUAGAUCCCGAUACUUGUCGGAUUUGCCGAGGCGAGGGCACUGUUGAAGAACCGCUCUUUUACCCUUGCAAAUGCAGUGGCAGUAUCAAAUACGUACAUCAGGAUUGUUUAAUGGAAUGGCUUUCCCAUUCGCAGAAGAAGCAUUGCGAGCUUUGCAAGACGCCAUUCCGUUUCACCAAGCUGUACUCUCCCAACAUGCCUAAGAGGCUACCCUUCUACAUCUUUGUCACUCAUAUGGCUAAAUAUCUCUUCCGUAACGUUCUCGUUUGGUUGAGAGCUGUUUUGGUCAUUAGUGUCUGGUUAGGCUGGCUUCCAUACCUUAUGCGUUCCGUCUGGUCUUUUCUGUUCUGGCUCAGCGACGAAGGUUUCGGCCCCAGCCCACCUAUUCUUGAUUUUCGGAAUGCCACUUCGAUAGGACAAGGAGAUCUGGCGUCUCUUUCCGUCACGGGCACAACUACCUGCGCAUCCACACCUUUACUGCCUGCUACGACUACCGCCGCAAGCAUCGGUCAUAUCAUUGAUCAGAUUCCUGUGUCUAACCUACUGAGAGCCAUUUCGAGACCUAUGAGCUCAAGCCCUCCCCCUUGGUUCUCUGUAAUCCUGGGUUUGUCCCCUGCCACGGACAAGUCACUAUAUGGAGUUAAAGAUUUCCUGAAUGUGACACAUACCGAUCAAUUUUCUAUCUCACCUGCCGCUUAUCGCCCCUCAUCUUUGUUGAGCGAUGUUGCUAUCCUCAAAAAUUUUACGCGACAUCCAGCCAUCAACCGAAUCAUCAUCGCUGUUCUAGAGGGCCAGAUUAUAACCUUGCUCGUUAUAGUAUGUUUUAUCCUUAUUAUCCUAGUUCGUGACUAUGUAGUCCAGCAGCAACCUGAAAUAAACAUGCGCGCCGCUUUCGCCGCGGCUGAAAACGAGGUCCCUCUGCCACCCGGGGCUGUGAAUGGUCCUCUCCCGUUCAACAUGGGUCAGGAGGAUGAAGAGGAUAUAGAUUCGGAUGAGGAUUCUGCUGCUGCUGCGGAUAGCUCCGCGGAUGAAAAUAACGCUGGCGAUGCAGAUGCAAAUCGAGUAGACCGUCCACAAGAUGCUAUCGACCUGCAGGAUCCCCGUAAUAGACCUAUUGCCGGAUUCAGGCGGCGAGCACCACGAAACGAUUCUCAAGCUGGACAAGAAGGGAUGCGGGGGGGCCGCGGAAUGGGUGAAUCUGCCGUAUACGAUGCGGCGCUUGCGGAGCAGCAUGGCAGGUACCGUCCUGGUCCUACUCAGCAAAGACCUAGUACACGAACCUAUGCGGAAGAUUUUGGCGGUGAAAGCGGUUCGCAGGGCACGGUAAAGGAAUAUCUACGAAUCUACAGAGAAGCUGGCGGAGACCAAGAACGUAUACUUGAAAUAAUUCGCGAGGAAGGGCUGGAAGACCGUAUGAAAUACUGGGUCCGUGUCACUCAAUCGAUGGCGACUGCUGGCAAGGCUGCAAACGGAAGCGGGGUUGACCUAGGUAAUGAUGGUAUUGGAAGUUCAGUUCUAACGCACCAGGAACCGCGCUCAAGUCGGUCCCCUACGAGGCCGGACUCUCCUAGAGCUGAUGCGACUAGUAGUGAUAACUCGAGUUGGACGUGGGCGGAAAACGACGACCGGGACGCUUUAGUAAGCCAGGGUUCUUCUGACAAAGGCAAAAGAAAGGCUACCGAAACCUCUGGAAAUGACAAAGAUUCCUGGGCGGACUCCUGGGCGUCCUGGGGAGGGGAAUUUGGCGAAACUACACCGUUUUUCGCCGGCGGUAGUGGCAGCGGCGAAAGUGCUUCGUCUUCGGCUGUACCCUCCUUAGCAAGACCGAGAGCUGCUUCAGAUGGUCCUCGAGUCUCUAAACCUAUUAACAUGCUUGCAAAUAAUAACUGGUCGUUCUCUGAUUUACCUUCCGGCCCUUCAAAUGUUUCCGGCAAAGAUGUGUCUGGCCAUCACGAUCCGGCCCUGCCUCCACCCAUUUUUUCGGGUAUUGAUAGCGAUGUCCAUGAGCCUGGAACACCACAGCGAAACGAGCCCGUCGAGGGUAAUACCGCCGCUGAUCAAUUACAACGUCCUAGAGACCCGACUUUAACCCCUCAACCAGUAACCACGUCGGGAGCUAUGGAAGACGGUGCAGCUGGUGAAGCUGAUGCACAAGAUUCCGAGAGAGAUGACCCCGCUGAGGAUUUCACCGGCUUGAUCGAACCAGUUCAUGAUAACGAGCCCGCCGUCGUUGCAGCAAGACAGGCGGGGGGCAUCGUGGACCGCGUCGCCGAUUUCAUGUGGGGCGAUGUUGAUGUCGGACAUGUAGACGAUGUUGAACCAGAAGAAGCCGUGGAUAUUUUCGGCGACAACCAGAAUGCGCCAUUCUUUGACAAUGACCGUGGAAUCGACAGAGAAGACGGGAAUGAUAUUGAGAUGGCCCCGGACGUUGUUGAAGCCGCUGUUGCCGCCGGUCUUGACCCAGAAGCUGUCGAAGAUGCAGAAGAUUUCGAAGGGAUUAUGGAGUUAAUAGGCAUGCGUGGCCCGGUUGCAGGCCUCUUCCAGAACGCUAUCUUUUGCGCCUUUCUCGUGUCUAUUUCUAUCUUCUUUUGCAUAUUCAUUCCGUAUAACGUUGGUCGUGUAUCUGUCUGGAUCAUCGCCCAUCCGACUCGUCUACUCCGAAUCGUCUUCAGCGCCUCGAAAUUCGUCCAGGACGCCGUUCUGCUAACUCUCGGCUAUACUUCGACCUUUAUAUUUACUCUAGCUGAAGCAUUUGCGGUACUUCUGAGAAUCGAUCAGGGAAGGGAAAUCAUACAUACCCUCAGAAUUGAUACCAGACACGUCGCCCUCAGCGCCUUGGAACGGAUUCUCGCUAGUUUUAUGUCUGAGAUACCACUCAUCUCAGUCAGCGAGGUACGUAACUUUUCUGCUGUCAGUCACGAGGCUCUCAUGAUGAUAAAGAGCGAUAUUCGAUACGCUCUCUCGUAUAUUGGGCAUGUCGUAUUGUAUAUUUUCGGUGGUAACUACUUUGCCAAGUUGGCUGCCGUCAAGACUGUGAUUUCAGCCUCACUACCAGGAACGGUCCAGUUCCUAAAAUCUCUUCCUACAACCGCUACACAGCCGGGAUCGUGGAUGUUAAAUCUCAGUCUUUCCGAACCAUCGUCGUCCGCAAGCCCUAUUCUUUCUUAUUGGGAUGCGAAUGACAGGACAUGGGCUAUCCUUGCAGGAUAUAUUUCCCUGUCAGUCAUAGCCGGAUUUUAUCUCGCCAGGGGAACGCCGUUUUCUACAGGGCAGGCCGCUCAAGAAUGGGAAGCAUCCUUUAUUGACGCAUUAAACCAGGCUAGUGGCGUCAUGAAGGUGAUAUUGAUCAUUAGUAUAGAAAUGCUGAUAUUCCCUUUGUAUUGUGGACUGCUGCUAGACUUUGCUCUACUUCCUCUCUUCGAAGACACAAGCAUUAGAUCUCGCCUUCUCUUCACGUACAAUUAUCCUCUUACCUCCAUCUUCGUUCACUGGUUUGUCGGCACAGGAUAUAUGUUCCAUUUUGCUCUCUUUGUCUCUAUGUGCCGUAAGAUUAUGCGAAAAGGCGUGCUAUACUUCAUUCGCGAUCCUGACGAUCCCGAAUUCCAUCCAGUGCGCGACGUCCUCGAGCGCAACGUCACUACCCAGCUUCGCAAGAUACUAUUUUCGGCUUUCGUUUAUGGAGCGUUAGUCGUAGUUUGUCUUGGAGGUGUAGUAUGGGGCCUAUCCCUGACGUUGCCUAACGUCCUUCCAAUUCAUUACUCUUCGAAUGAGCCUGUCCUUGAAUUUCCUAUUGACCUACUCUUUUAUAACUUCUUGAUGCCUCUCGCCGUUAAGUUCUUUAGGCCGAGCGAUGGACUGCACGCCAUGUACACAUGGUGGUUCCGAAAGUGCGCCAGAGGUUUGCGGCUAACAUGGUUCCUUUUUGGUGAGCGACGUGUCGACGAAGAAGGAAUCUUAGUGCCACCCGAAGACUCGCCAUGCCGAAACUUUCCCUGGUGGCGUCAGAUGUUCCUCGAAGUCAACGACGAAACCAGAGUUGUCCCGAAAACGUGGCAAGACACGUUUAAAGGAGGCAAGGCGAAACCCUCUUCAAAGAUUCCCGCCGAGGAGAUGAGUGUUCACAACGAAAGGAAGAAAAAGCUUGUUAACUCGGGACAACUUAUCCCGGAUGGUCGCUUCGUGAGAUCGCCAGCGUCUGAUCAGGUUAAAAUUCCUAAAGGGCAGCCGGUUUUCCUCGACGUAACAGAAGAAGAUAGGAGGCGAGACGGCAAGCCAGAUCGCCCAGACACAGAUCUCUACUCAGGAGUUCAUUACCAGUUUGUCUACGUCCCUCCUCAUUUCCGUGCCCGUAUCUUCCUGUUCAUCCUCUUCAUUUGGAUCUUCGCGGCUGUCACGGGUGUUGGCUUUACAAUCAUACCGCUCGUGUUUGGUCGCCGCAUGUUCAAGAUUCUUAUACCCUCUCACAUACGUACCAACGACAUCUACGCGUUUAGCAUUGGCGUUUACAUCCUCGGCUCACUGGGUUAUUUCGUCUUUCACUUACGGUCAACUCUCGGUAAAUUGAGAACAUGGACAUUAUCUGCAUUGGAUUCAGUGCUAGAUCGUCAUACAAUGCAGCGCGCUCUCCAACUCACGACACAUGUGUCUAGGUUACUAUAUACUUACAUAGUCCUACUCAUUGUGUUUCCCCUCCUCAUCACAUUACUAGUAGAGCUUUAUCUACUUAUGCCGCUACAUACGUACAUGUAUCCGGCCGCAACAGAUACCACAAAACGGCUGGACAGCUUGCGAGAGGGUCACACUAUCCGGGUUAUUCAAGCCUGGACUUUAGGUAUUCUAUAUCUCAAGCUCGGCUCGCGAGCAGUAACGCUGUAUGGUGGUAGGCCCGCGCAUGCUGUACGCGCUGUCCUACGUCGCGGCUGGCUGGAGCCCGAUAUUCGCGUAUUGACUCGGGCAUUCGUCAUCCCCGGAUUGAUAAUAUCGCUAGUCAUGAUCGUAAUGCCUCCCAUCAUGGCAUGGGCUACUCUUCACCACGUCCUAGACGUCAACACAGAAGUGACCCAAGAAAUGCGAGUUCUCAUAUUCCGUCUCGCCUAUCCCGCCACGGCACUAUUCUGGACGGGACUCGUCAUGAUGCGGCGCAUGCUACGCGUGUUCGAGGGCUGGCAGGUUCGGAUCAGGGACGAGGCGUAUCUUAUGGGAGAACGCCUUCACAAUUUCGGCGGCACUUCGUCCAAAGUCGCAAAUUGGAGAGGCAGCGGGAGGCUCUGAAUGUUGCUCAUACACACAUGGCUACGGCUAUAUAUAGAGAUAGAACUAUCAGACUUAGGUGAGCUUAACCUUGCCUGUACGAUUCCAUUGUAAAUAGAUAUAUACAACGCAACGUCGCAUUGAUUCUGCAUGGGG